CUUUCCUGACCAAUGAGAGGCUUUCAAGACACAAAGUCUCCUGGUUCUGGAGAGACUGACGUUUUUCAUGAUCCAACACCAGAUACUUCACACACAGUGAUUACUGUAGGAAGAAAUAUUCCAAAUUAUGCAACAAAUUUAUUUUUAAAGUUGAAACAAACCUGCUCCAUGUUUUUCUAAGAAUAUUUUGCUGUUUAAACCAGAAUGCAGAACUGAUAUUUCAGGCCAAAUAAAUUUAAUUUGAGUUGUUCUACAUUAAACCCACAGUCAGUUUCUUAAUCUGUGGUAAAUACCAUCUGGGGCCCGAUUGUUAUCCUGACCAUAUGGGUCCAAUUUGAAGUGCUAUUAUUUAUUAUUUAGCAUUUGGUGAAAUAUGCAUUUUCAUAUCAGUCAGGUAAUUAUAAACCCUGUAUUGUUAACUAUUACAUCAUAAAAAGCAGUUUUCUCCUAUUUCUCUCUUUAAUGACACACUUCCACCCCUCCUAGAUGAAUUAGAUGAAUCAGUUCAUUUCUACAGCAGGUAGAGAUAAGAGAGAACCAGCAGGACACUGACCAGCCAAUCAGAUGUUCUCCUGACUGAGAAAGUGGGAUAAUAUCUCAUCUCUGCAGUAGGUUGGGUUUUUAAAGCUCUUCGUAACCUCUUAAAACAUCCUGAUGAAAAAUGAAUCAAACCUACUUUAGACAACUGAGAAUCAACAACCAGACAGUCAAGACAUAAUGUUUGUUUUUUAUUUUUUUAAUUUAGGUGGGUAUACUUUUUUUUAAAAGAAAAAAAGGAAAACUAGAAAGAAAAUGUAUUUAUAAUAAAGCCAGAUGUUGAGUUUCUCUAAUAAAUGAAACCUGGACUCUGAAAACACUGAUAUAAAGGUCUAAUAAAAACACAAGAUAUUUAUUAAGUUUUAUUGUUACAGGAGCAAUGAAGAAAUAUUUUGGUAAACAAAUAUAUGGUUUGAUUUCAAAGGUUAAGUUUUAAUGUGUUAAAACUUUCCUCUGAAAACUGCUGAUAGUUUUUUAUGUUUUCUAAAUAAAAGUGUUUAGAAACACUAAAAUGUUGUACAUAUGUGUAAGUAUGUAGUUGUAAAUAAUUGUCUCAGAGCUGAAUCUACUUCCUGUUUGGUUCUGAUUGGUCCAUUCAGAGAGAAACCAGCCGCUGAGCUGCAGUAGCAUCAAGGUCCAGUUCUCCCGGUGCAGUAGUUCAAUCAGCCACUAGAGGGCGCAGGACGUCUCCAGUUCCUCGUGGUUCUUCUUCCGCUGAUUUUCUGCAGGUUUUCUGCUUUCUUGGGUUGAUAAACAGGAAGUGUGAGGAUGGCAGCUUCACCUUCAUCGUCCUCCUCUUCCUCAGCUGCAGCAUCAGUGAUCCUAGAGGUCCAGUUCAUCUCCUGCUGAUGCUUCCGGUUCUUCUGGGUUUCUGCUGCUCAGCUUCAGAUCUGCUUCACUAACAGCUUCAGCUUUUCUGUCUGGACCAACAGAUGAUUGAUUUGCUGCUGGAAACGGUGAUGGUGCAGCAGAUCCUGCAGGGGGCGCUCUGGGGCCUCAGUGUUCAGGAAGUAGUGGAAUCCAAAAAGUGUUCCUCCCAUCAUUUGGUGAAGCUUCCACGGAGGGUCAGUCCACCCACGGAGAGCGGGGAAAGCACAGCAGGCGAAACGGGCUGCGAGUAAUUCUUGGUUCAUAACAACAGAGCUCAUUGGUUUGAUCUCUACGAUUUCAUCGGACCUCCAUCCCCUGGAAAAGGUCACGGCUCUUCCUGCUAAAGUUGCGAUGGCGGAGCGGGUUCUGGUGGUAGGAGGCGGGGGACGGGAACACGCGCUGGCCUGGAAGCUGGCCCAGUCGCCCCGGGUCCAGCAGGUUCUGGUGGCUCCCGGAAACGCAGGAACCGCCAGCUGCGGCAAGAUCAGCAACUCUGAGGUGUUGGUGAGCAACCACAGCAUCCUGGCUCAGUUCUGUAAGGACCACCACGUCGGUUUGGUCGUAGUCGACCCGAGGCGCCGCUGGCAGCAGGUGGAAUCGAUUCCAGUUUCUUAUUGUGGGAUCAAACCUCAGGAGGUUCUGACCCGUAUCGUCUCUGCAGCCUCUUUCAUCCUGCUUGAUGCUCUUAUUGCAGAUCAGCCUCCAUUUUGAGCUGCAGGAUGGAAA